AUGCAGCACCAGUUUGUGACGACAAUAAUACCUUGCAAUAAGCGCGAUCGUUGGCCCACAGCAGCGUCUCCUCCUAGUUGGGAGGCGGCGUUCUCUUCGCGCGCUUUUAUAAAUUCGUAUGGGAGUAUUUUACGCCCCCUCCAAAAUCUGCUCAAGAGCCCGCGCAACCAGCCAAGAGUUGGUUGUCUCAGAAACUUUAUUGACGCACGUAAAGCAACAGACAUUAUGAGAGAGCUCGUUCAUAUCCAGGGUGGUCAGUGCGGAAACCAGAUUGGAGCCAAGUUUUGGGAGGUCAUUUCCGACGAACAUGGCGUGGAUCCCACCGGCUCGUACCACGGUGACUCGGACUUACAGCUUGAGCGUAUUAACGUGUAUUAUAAUGAGGCUACAGGUGGACGUUACGUACCUCGCGCUAUCCUUAUGGAUUUAGAGCCUGGUACCAUGGACUCAGUCCGCGCUGGCCCCUAUGGCCAGCUCUUCCGUCCGGACAACUUUGUGUUUGGUCAGACAGGUGCCGGUAACAACUGGGCCAAGGGGCACUACACUGAGGGCGCCGAGCUCAUUGACUCGGUGUUAGAUGUUGUCCGCAAGGAGGCGGAAAGUUGUGACUGUUUGCAGGGUUUUCAAAUCACGCACUCUCUUGGUGGCGGUACUGGCUCCGGUAUGGGAACGCUUCUGAUUUCGAAGAUUCGAGAAGAGUAUCCGGACCGUAUCAUGUGUACAUACUCGGUGUGCCCGUCCCCGAAGGUGUCAGACACAGUUGUGGAGCCCUAUAACGCCACGUUGUCUGUGCAUCAGCUCGUCGAGAACGCCGAUGAGGUCAUGUGCCUUGACAACGAGGCCUUGUAUGACAUUUGCUUCCGUACGUUGAAGCUGACUACUCCCACUUAUGGCGAUUUGAACCACUUGGUGUGUGCUGCUAUGUCUGGCAUCACUACUUCUUUACGAUUCCCUGGACAGCUGAAUUCGGACCUGCGGAAACUGGCUGUGAACUUGAUCCCGUUUCCGCGUCUCCACUUUUUUAUGAUUGGUUUUGCCCCGCUGACAUCGCGUGGUUCUCAGCAGUACCGUGCUUUGACGGUGCCCGAGCUGACGCAGCAGCAAUUUGAUGCUAAGAACAUGAUGUGUGCCGCCGAUCCUCGGCACGGCCGUUAUUUAACUGCUGCCUGUAUGUUCCGAGGACGUAUGAGCACGAAGGAGGUGGAUGAACAAAUGUUGAACGUGCAAAACAAGAAUUCAUCGUACUUUGUCGAAUGGAUUCCCAACAACAUCAAGGCUAGCGUGUGUGACAUUCCACCCAAGGGCCUAAAGAUGAGCACUACCUUUAUCGGUAACUCAACAGCCAUUCAAGAGAUGUUCAAGCGUGUUUCUGAACAGUUUACGGCCAUGUUCCGACGCAAGGCUUUCUUGCACUGGUACACUGGUGAGGGUAUGGAUGAGAUGGAGUUUACAGAGGCUGAGUCGAAUAUGAACGAUCUUGUAUCUGAAUACCAGCAAUACCAGGACGCGACUGCAGAGGAGGAGGGUGAAUUUGACGAGGACGAGGAAAUGGAUGAGAUCAUGUAG